GCCGUGAGCAAUAUCCAAGUCAAACUUAUCAAAAAACAAACGAGUAAAGACAUAAGAUCCACACGCAAUGUUGGGCUAUCUGAAACUGUCGACUUUUGCGCUGGUAUUGUUUGUGCUGACAAAAAAAGGCAUGUGCGGUGAGCGCAGCAGCCCGACAAAGGUGGUCAAAGACAGCGAGGACGAUGGCUCCUAUACGGCUGACUUGAGUGGCAGCUACGUCGCCGACAAUGUGGGGCAGUAUGUGGAAGACAAUAAGGGUGUUUAUCAUCCUACCGGCGACGAGGGAAGGUGGUUGCCCGAUGACAUGGGUGUGUAUCAUGAUGACCUAAAGUGGCGCUAUAUAGCGGAUAACAUUGGGGCAUGGGUGCCAGACAACAGUGGAAAUUAUGAUCCAGCGCAAGAUGCUCUUGGUGCCUAUCAUCGAGACGACUCGGGUGUUUAUCAUGCGGAUAACACAGGCGCAUAUUCUGAGGUCUAUGAGAAAGUACACUAAAACUAAGGCCAAAUGCAAAAUAUAUUGCGAUAAAGGCGCCUGCAUGGGCUGUUGGGGAAGUUUUCAGUGCGAAAUUAGUGAUGCUCAUA